GGUUCGAGUUGCUAUUUUAGAGACAGUGGGUUUUUGAUAAUUUAUAGACAAGUUGUUUAUUAACUUCGCAUUCGAUUUUGUUGUUUCUUAAAACUGGUCAAAGAGCUUAUCAUCAAAUAAAGUUGACACCAUUAUUAUUACUUUGUUAUCAGAUUUGCAAUCAGUUAUUUAGAUUCUAAUAUUUUUAUACUUAGGUACAUAGCCAUAAAAAUAAGACAAAAGUAAAUUUACACUUAAAUAAAUAUAAUUAUCAAGUUGAUAGGUGUAAUUAACAUAAAGAAACCUAUCGAUGAAUUGUUGAAUUGGUUUAAAUAAAUAAAGUACUUCAAUAAGUUUAUACCUAGUGUAAAGUGAGUGAACCAGACGAAAUCAUUUUUAAUUUGUGUUAAGUCAUUUUUGACAAAUAUAGUGUGUUUAUAAAUACUGAGGUAUAAAUUAUUGUGAAAUAAGAGUGAAUUAUUUGUAACAAUUUUGCAUUGUGAAUAAAAAGAAGUAUCCAUCGCACAAUAUGACUACAUUAGCAUUCAGCAAUGACUCUGACAGUCAAAAUAACAACAAUGGAAGCAUUUUCAAUGACAAAACUAUUUUUCGAGAUUUUAAAAUUGGACCGCUUACAAUUUAUAGAAAUAAGUCAACAUUUUGUUAUAAACGAAUGAGUGUCAUUUUAGAGGGAGAAGAUUUUUUACGUCUUAAGCAUCGAAUAUGGAACUAUAUGGAAUCACACCCAGAUUUCCAACAUGAUCAAGAAACACCAUCCCUGGAUCGCCAACGACAAUUGGCCAAUAAACGGACAGCACGCAUCUGGAGUCAAAGUUUCUUCACUUUAAACGAUUUCAUUAGUAAUCCAAGACUUUCGUACGCCUUCACUCAAGCCUUGUUCUCCUACGAUUUUAGCCUAGCCAUUAAGUACUCCCUCUCAAUUGGAAUGUUCUCGAGUGUUAUAUUAUCUCUGGGAACAGACCGUUUGCACAAAUAUACCGAGAUGGUCACGGAAGGCAAGAUCGGUGGGGCUUUUGCCUUAACAGAGAUUUCACAUGGAACAAAUGCUCGUGGCAUGCGCACUCAAGCCACUUAUGACCGAAAGACUGAAGAAUUUAUUUUGAACACUCCUGACUUUGAGGCGGCCAAGUGUUGGGUGGGUAAUCUUGGCAAGACGUGUACUCAUGCGAUUGUCUAUGCUCAGUUGUAUGUGCCCGAGGGAAGCUAUCAGGGUUUGAAUGCUUUUCUGGUGCCAAUUCGGGAUCCACAAACUUUAUUAGCGUUUCCUGGAGUCACUGUGGGUGACUUGGGUGAAAAAGUUGGACUAAAUGGCAUCGAUAAUGGAUUUGUGAUGUUCAGUAAUUAUCACAUUCCGAAGGAGAACCUUCUAUCUAGAACUGGUGAUGUGGAUGCAGAAGGAAACUUUACGAGCAAAAUCAAGGAUAGCCGAAAGAGAUUAGGGGCUUCAUUGGGAGCCUUAUCAGCAGGAAGAGUCAGCAUUUGCUCCCUAGCCUAUAUAGCUCUGGGCCAAGCUGUCACAAUAGCUGGAAGAUACUCAGCCUGUCGAAAGCAAUUCGGGCCUGAUGGCAGUUCCGAAGAAUGGCCAGUAAUAGAAUACCAAUCCCAGCAAUACCGCAUUCUACCGUAUCUUGCUACAGCCUACGCCCUGAGAGUCUUCUCCCUUUGGCUAGGGAACGAAAGUAAUGGCCUUCAGGUCAAAACUUUCAUGGGUGAAGAUGUCUCGGCUCAGGGAAUGGAAUUACAUGGCCUAUCAUCGGCUGCAAAGCCCGUCUGCACUUGGGUAGCACGUGAUGGUAUUCAAGAGUGCCGGGAAGCUUGUGGGGGGCAUGGUUAUUUGAAAUCAACCAAAAUUGGUGAUCUUAGGAAUGACAAUGAUGCUAAUUGUACUUACGAGGGGGAAAACAACACAUUGAUUCAACAAGCUUCGAAUUGGUUGAUAUCAAUUCGUCGAGGGGAGAAUAAUUUUGAGGAAUCAUCACCAAUGGGUUCGAUAAGCUUUCUUAAGGAUAUGGAUUCAAUUUUGAACAGCAAAGCAGAAUUUAAGACCGCCGAAGAAGCCUUAAAUGAAGAUAAUCUUCUUCAUACUCUAAACUGGUUGUGUGCCUUUCAGCUAGAUGUCACUGUCAAAAAAGUUGAAGAACUGCAUAAAAGUGGAUCGAGUGCGUUUGAAGUUCGGAAUAACUCACAAGUGUUCACAGCAAGCAACUUAUCAAUUAUAUACGCUCAGCGGACAAUCUACUAUGUUUUCUACAAAUUUGUGAAAGAACUACCAGCAGGUCCUGAGAAAGAAGUCCUUAGAAAAUUGCUCUCACUUUACGGAGCUAAUUUAAUUCUAAAACAUGUGGGGUUAUUAUACCAAGGAAAUUACUUGUGUGAUCUAAAUCAGCCAGAAUUAUACCAAAAAGGUAUUAUAUCCUUAUUACCAGUUUUGAAAGACGAAGCAAUAAGUUUGAUUGAUGCCAUAGCACCAAGUGAUUUUUGUUUAAAUUCACCGCUUGGAAUGAGUGAUGGAAAUAUUUACCUUCAUCUCCAAAGAUCCAUUAUGCAAGGUCCUGCUGUCUUGGAACGUCCUGAAUGGUGGCAAGAAGUAACCUAUAAACAAUUUUUGAAGUCAAAAAUUUAGAACAAAAUGUUUUGAAUGGGUUUUAUGGGAAAAUAUUUUUAAACUUAGUUUCUUACAUAAUUAAGUUAGGGGUGAAAUCGGAAUCGUCCGGAGGAAGAGAACGUAUUGAUUGAUUUUCAAGAACUUAUAGUAAUCAAUUUCUGAUCAAAAAAAAUAUAUGUAGUUUCAAAAAAGUACAUUAGACGAUCGCAUCCCAGUAUUUCAGAGGUGGUUUGAAAUGAAUUACUAAGCACAAUUUAUUUUUGUGGUAAAAUUAAGUUAGCACUAUUGUGAACAAAAUAAUAACGAAUGUAUUUUAUACUUCAGAGGUGAUAAGUUAAAAAAAUUAUACAAAUAAAUGCAUUGUUUUUUGUUGUUAAUA